UAGAGUAAGACACACACUCACUCACCCUCUCCGUCACACCGCCCACGCAAACACACUAUAAAACCCCAAACCCCACACAGAAACCUUCUCCUUCCUUCAACUAACUUCUCUCUCUCUCUCUCUCUCUUUGGCGGCUCUCGAUUCUCACUCGCCAAAACCCUAGUUCCAUUUAUUAAUUCUAAAUUAUGUAUACUGCAGACACGUAGGUUAAUUUCAUCAUCCACGCACGCCUUAUUAUAUAUAAACCAUAAUUUUAUGAAAAAGAGAUAAUACAACCAAACAAGCGUUGUUGAGGAAGGACCGAUAAUGGAGGAUUCGGGGGCGCAGAAGAGGAACCACCCAGAGUUCGCGUUAGCGUCGGUUUCCGAGCUGUCUUCGCCUCAUUCUUCUGCUUCGCCGGGGGUUGCACUCUUCGCCGGUGACCGUAUUCAAAUUCGGAAUGAAUCUCACCGUCUCCUUCUCAAUGCUUAUAUUCCAGCUAUUCAGCUAUUCAGAUUAGGUCCUAUUGAAUCAGUUUGCAUGGUGGAAGAGUCUGAGGAUGGCAAACAGACAUCAUAUUCCAGUGGAGUCGCUAUACAGUUUAGAAAUCAGCAAGAGAGUGCGGACUUAAAUUGUGUAUUAAACAAAUGGAAGAAGGCACUAGAUGUUCAAGGAAGCUUGCCAAAUGGAACUAUUGCAAUAACUUCUAAAAGCAAAUUUGAUGAAAAGAUAGAGUCGUCUUCUGCAAAAAUGUAUUUUCAUUAUUAUGGACAACUUUUGCAUCAGCAAAAUAUGUUGCAGGACUAUGUGAGGACAGGAACCUAUUAUGCUGCAGUUAUGGAGAAUCGUGCAGAUUUCAUUGGUCGUGUAGUAGUUGAUGUUGGUGCUGGUAGUGGUAUUUUGUCAUUAUUUGCUGCCCAGGCUGGUGCAAAACAUGUUUAUGCCGUGGAAGCAUCUGAAAUGGCAGAAUAUGCACGUAAACUUAUAGCUGGGAACCCAAUAUUGGGUCAACGAAUUACAGUUAUUAAAGGCAAAGUUGAGGAUGUUGAAUUGCCAGAGAAAGCAGAUAUUCUGAUCUCUGAGCCCAUGGGCACCUUGUUAGUUAAUGAAAGAAUGCUGGAGUCUUAUGUCAUUGCCAGAGAUAGGUUUCUCACCCCUAACGGGAAAAUGUUUCCUACAGUGGGAAGGAUUCACAUGGCUCCUUUCAGUGAUGAAUAUUUGUUUGUUGAAAUUGCUAAUAAGGCCCUGUUUUGGCAACAACAAAACUACUAUGGUGUUGAUUUGACGCCCUUACAUGGGACCGCCUUUCAAGGAUAUUUUUCUCAGCCUGUGGUGGAUGCUUUUGAUCCAAGGUUGUUAAUAGCUGCUCCAAUGUUCCACGUGAUAGACUUUACCAAAAUCAAGGAAGAAGAGCUGUAUGAAAUUGACAUUCCUCUCAGAUUCAUAGCCACUGUGGGUGCCAGACUACAUGGGCUGGCAUGUUGGUUUGAUGUACUGUUCAAUGGAAGUACUGCUCGAAGGUGGCUUACCACUGCUCCUGGUUCACCUACAACCCACUGGUAUCAGUUACGCUGUGUUCUUACACAGCCAAUAUAUGUCGUGGCAGGACAAGAAAUUACUGGCAGGAUGCACUUGAUCGCCCACACUGCUCAAAGUUAUACAAUCUAUCUAACAUUGUCAGCUAAAAUGUGGGGGCCUGGUGCUGAACAAGGAGAGAUUCUUCAAACAUCAUACUGUAAACUUGAUCUGAAAGAACCAUACUAUAGAAUGUCUCAACCGCAAGCUUAUCCAUUGACUCAAGAUCAGCAACCUCAAUCUCUUUUACAGACACAGGAUAUACCCAUCCAAUCUCAGGAUUUGGAUGAAGCGGAGAUGAUGCAACAGCCUUCGCCUAAUUCAUGUGCUCAAAUCGACUCCCUCAUGCAGAAUGCUUAAUUUGAUGGAUACUAACAUGAGAUUUCUGUUCGUAACAUGAAUUAUCUAGUUGGGGGAAUGUGUCCGUCUUUAUUUGGACAUACCUCUUGCCUGUAAAUUCACCAAUGCUGCUUUUGUUAUUUAUUGCGAGUGGUUUGUGCUGCAGAUCCUGUAUUCAAAUGCAUCGUAAUUUAUCCAGCAAUACAUUGAAUCCUCAA